UGCUCGAGUUGUAUGCGCCGGGUUCAUUUCAACUUCUGUUUACUUAUCGGCAAUUCCUUAUUACGAUCGGUACUCACACAUUCGGCGUUUUUAUCAGCGAAACAAUGAAAGUCUUAAACGUUUUUUCCACGUACAUUUUGUGUAACAUUCUAAGUCAUAUGGGUGUGACACCAACUUUAACUCCAUCUCCAACGCCUCAGGUUGUUAAAUUCUACCAAUUGAUGCAAAGGUAUCAAAAGUACAUGGAGAAUCCACUACCAAAAGAAAUGAUACUGUGGACAAGAGAUUUGUUACCAAAAUCUUUAAGAACUAAACGAGUUUAUCCAAUAUUCAUCAUUGCAAAUCAGUGUCCAGCCAGCGUUGGUUUACCAAAUUUCCAAAAGCCUUGUUUUGCCGCCAAUAGCAAACAUUUAAAAGUUCCGGUUGUUGUAUAUAAUCCAAAUCUAACGAAAGUUAUGCUAAAUGUCUCGGAUCACUUAAAAUGCGCUUGUGGAUCCAAAUUUUAUCCGAUAACAACUUCGCAAAUAAUUCAAACCAUUCUGCCUACAUUUCCAACAAAAAGUGAAACAAAUUCCGGUGAUGCUAUUUACUUCUCUAUAUUGAUUUUAAUUGUAAGUCAACUAUAUUUAAUUUAUUUAUUUAUUUAAAAAUUAAUCAAUUAGUUAUAUUUAUUUUGUAAUCCGCUAUGUAGUAUUUUAAUGUAGAGCAAAAUAUAUAAAUUUUUCUUUAAAAUAGCUUGUUUUUUUAUUUAUUAAUAUAUAAACUAACCUGUUAG